UUACUCUAUCCUUUUCUGCACCAUUCACCCUUUCGAAGAAGCUAACUGUUCAAGAAUGUCAUACUUUGAUCAUCUAAUUCUAAACACCAUUAAUCCUUUCCUUUUACUGCUAGCUUCAACCCUCUGUCUCCUUCCCCUCAUCUUCUUCACCGGUUUUCGCCGUCAAAAACAAGCUCAGCCCCGAAACCCAACUCCACAGUCGUACCCCAUCAUCGGAAAUCUCCCCGGCCUGAUCCGAAACCGUCACCGCUUCCACGAUUGGGUCGCCGACAUGCUCUCGGAGACCCCAUCGUCCAGUCUCCAAGUCAACUCCUUCCUCAACCUCUCCCACGGCGUUUGCACCGCCAACCCCGUCAACGUCCACCACCUCCUCGUCACCAACUUCCAAAACUACGUCAAAGGCUCCCGGUUCCGCGACCACCUCCACGAACUCCUAGGUCACGGCAUCUUCGCAGUCGACGGCGAUCUCUGGACCAUUCAGCGUAAGGUAUCCAGCCACGAAUUCAAAACCAAGUCAAUCAAACACUUCAUCUCUGAUGUGGUGACGUCACAAGUCGCUCACAACCUCGUACCUCGUUUGUCGAACGCUUCUGACGAGAACAGAGUCGUGGAUCUUCAAGAGAUUCUCCAAAGAUUCACGUUCAGUAAUAUCUGUGAAGUUUUGUUCGGAGUCGAUGUUUCAUCUCUGGUAAAUGGUGAUUCUUUUGCCAAAGCUUUCGAUGACGCUGUUAAAAUCUGUUCUUCGAGAUUCUUUAACCCGAUUCCCGCCAUAUGGAAAAUCCAGAGAUUGCUGAACAUUGGAUCGGAGAAGAGAUUGAAAGAAGCGAUCGAUAUAGUCAAUGAUUUCGCUCUGAAAAUCAUCGAGUCCAAAGAGAACGAAGAACAAACCGAAGAAAACCGAGAUUUGUUGUCGAGAUUUAUGACCAAAACAUCAUCAGAGAUGGAGUUUGAAGAUGAAGAAACGAGGAGGAAAUUCUUGAGAGACAUAGUCAUAAGCUUUGUCCUCGCCGGUAAAGAUUCAACGUCGACUGCGUUGACAUGGUUUUUCUGGCUAGUCAACGGUCAUCCUCUUUCCGAGCGUUUGAUACAAGAAGAACUGGCCACACUGGAUUCUAACUUCACCUACGAUGACUUAAAGACGUUGAAUUAUCUACACGCGGCUAUAUCGGAGUCGCUGCGGUUGUUUCCUCCGGUGCCGAUCAACUCGAGAUUAACGGUGGAUGAUGAUGUUUGGCCUGAUGGUACCCACGUGUCGAAAGGAUGGUUCGCCGAUUAUUCUGCCUACGCGAUGGGGAGGAUGGAGACUGUGUGGGGUCUCGAUUGUAGGGAAUUUAAGCCCGAAAGAUGGCUAGACGACGAUGGUGGUGGUGGUUCUUUUAAGCCGCCGGAUCAGUUCAAAUUUCCGGUGUUUCAUUGUGGGCCAAGAACGUGUUUGGGGAAAGAAAUGGCAUUCGUACAGAUGAAGACGAUUGUGGUGGCUCUGAUGCGUGAGUUCGAGAUCUUAGCCGUUGAUGGUGGUGCGACUGCAGAGAAAAUUCUGGAUCCCCCUUACACGUUAUCACUACUUUUGAAGAUGAGAGGCGGCUUCCCUGUUAGAUUAAAGAAAAGGAUGGUUAUAUAAAUAGUAUCGUAUGAAUUAUAAAUUAUUA